AUGGAAUACGCUGAUAUCGAUAAAACUACAAGACCACUUGCAGUUUCCUGUAUUCCUUUCUCAUCAUCUUCUCCUUCUUCAUCAAGGUUUUCUCCUCCUUCAACUGCCUUUCAAGGUCCUUGUGCUGCCUGCAGGUUCCUCAGACGUCGAUGCAAUGAGAGUUGUAUCCUAGCUCCAUAUUUUCCACCAAAUGAACCACUCAAAUUCAUCAAUGCCCAUAAAGUCUUUGGAGCUAGCAACAUCGUCAAGGCCUUGCAGGAACUUCCCCAGCCCAAGAGAGUAGAUGCUGUGAGCAGCAUGGUUUAUGAGGCAAAUGCGAGAAUUCGUGAUCCAGUCUAUGGUUGUGCAGGUACAAUUAGCCAGCUUCACAAACAGGUUAACGACCUGAAAGCAGAAUUGGCCAUGGCUCAGGCUGAGCUCUUUAUCAUGCAAUGCCAGCAACAGCAACAAAAUGCUAAUGCAAGCUUCUUCCUGGACAGAUAUUUAGUCUCAGAUUAUUGCUAA